AUGGUGGCUUUCAUAGGAUUACUUUGGCCCCUUUUGGUCGGCACCAUCGGGGCUCAGGAGAGCGAGGAGUCAGAAGAAUCGCUCGAGCUGAGGAGCCACUGGGGCACGGAGUACGGCGACCACAACUUUGCCGGGGAGCUCUACAACCAUGUGGGCUCUAACAUGGCUGAUGACCAGGAUUUUGUGAUCUCACCUCUGGGGGUUUCUCAGGCCCUGGGAUUACUGCUUUUCGCCGUGGGUCCCAAAUCGGCAGCGGAAAUCGAUGCUGUUUUGUAUCCCAAGAAAGCCAAUGCCAGUGGCCUAGCUCCUCGUAAUUAUCUGCAGACUGGCGAGUUGACCUAUGCCACAGUGGCUGCACUGCGACCGGAUCUCUAUAUAGACCCAGGGUUCCUAAAGGAUGCCGCAGAGCUGGAUUCCUACGUUUACAGAACGCACUUUGCCCAACGGGAUGUGAAGCCCUUUGAUCAGUUUCUCAACCUUAAAACUCGCGGAAAAAUCAAUGUGGGUCUUGAGGAACUACUGGGCGAUUAUAAUCCAGCAAAUCGAUUGCUAUUCUUCAAUGUCCUCGACUUCAAAGCUCGGUUCAGGUAUGGCUUCAACACUGAGAAACGGGUUCUGGUUGCCAAAAGGACCUUGGCUUCACACGGAUUUAUUCCGGAGUUGCGGACCCGAGUCCUGGCUUUAGGUCUAAUGAAUACCGGUGCUGAACUGUUGAUCCUGCUACCCAUUCGAAAAGCUAACAUUGAGAUGGUGGAGAGUAGAUUGCGGACCGUAGAUAUCCGAAAGAUACGCAGCCGAUUGAAUACAACUCUAAUGAACAUUAGUUUGCCAAAGAUAGGCAGUAGCCAACUUUUGAAUCUACGGGAACCGCUGAGAAGGGCCGGCAUUGUCACAGUCUUUAACAAGACCACAGCUGAUCUGAGUGCCUUCAAAACGGAACUGCCUCUGGAUGAUGUUAUAGUAUACACAAAAAUGAAUCUAUUUAGCCAAGGCAUCAAUUCGGUGCUUUCAAAUGCCACUAAUAUUGAACAGAUUUCUCAACUGGAGGUAGAUAGCUCUAGAGCCUUUGUUCAGGAGGAGAAACCCGUGCAGUUCGAGGCUCUGAGACCAUUUAUUUAUGCGAUUUUGGACUCGCGACAUGUCUAUGUGAUGGGCCGCCAUUUUCCGACUUUGUGA